AUGCUAACUACGACGCCCCAGUUCAACCCAUAUUGUCGUGUGUGUGUCUUUGUGGUGAGCUCCCCGGUGCUUGCGGUGUGCCCUUCACUUGUGCGUAUACGUGCCUCUCUCUUCUCUCUGUUGCUGGUGCUGUCUGCUGGAUGGUCGCGUCUUCCCGUGGGACAGCCUCUGCUUGUGUGUUUGAGGCAGCACAAAGCAGCAGCACUUCUGAGCUCUGCUGAUAAAACCGUGCAGAAUCAGGGCAGAGGCGCAGGGUAUGAGACGUCACCGUGGACCGGCUCUGGCUCCAGUCCACGUCCCUGUUCUGGUGCUAGCCCCAGGUGUGAUGCCUGUAAACUUGUUGGUCCCAAAGCUGGUAACCGGUUUCACCUACAGAUGGUGAAAGGUGUCCCGGAGUCCGGCCUAUCCAACUUAUUGUUGACAGUGUUGAAGCGCUCUGGCUGGAGAGAGGGGACCGUGGUGCUUUGUCGUGGAUGGGAGGAGGCCCGGGGCCUCCUGGAGCUGCUCAAUGAUCGGACUGAUGUGUCAUGGGGAGGUGGUAACAGCUGGCACCUGCGUGCACUGCUCAACCUCACCCAGUCAGCUCACGAUGACACUCAGAUCCAUGACUUCCUGUCCCGUCACUUCAGACACACUCAAGCCGCCCCUUCCUCUGUGCUGCUGUUUGGGGCGGACCCCCAGUGUGCUGCUGCAGUGCUCCACAGUGCUCAGGACCUGGGCCUCACACUUCCCAUGGUGCACUGGGUCCUGGGACAGCCACUCAGCCCGGAUGCCCUCCAGGCCAUCGGACUUCCCCUGGGGCUGCUGGCUUAUGGCGAGGUGGAGCAGAAGCCUCUGGACUUCUACAUCCGAGACGCUCUGCAGCUGGUGUCCCGGGCCAUCACCACAGCCAGCAUGAUACGGCCCGACCUGGCUCUGAUCCAGAACAUAGUGGACUGUUAUGAGAAGCCCAACAGAGAAGAAGUACAGUCCUCAGGGCAGUACUUGUCCAGCUUCCUGCUGAACACCUCCUUCCUCGGCCUGACUGGACCAGUGGAAGUUGACCAGAACAGCUCUCUGGUGCUCACUUCUCAGCGCUUCCACAUCUGGAGCCUCCGGCGAGACGCCUUGGGUCAGCCCACCUGGGUGACUGUGGGCAGUUGGGACGGGGGGCACCUGCAGGUGGAGGACCAAGGCGUGUGGCAGGGGCCGAAGCCUCGCUACAGGGGUGACGGAGCAGGCAGGAGCAAGGGCCGCUGGAGGCCGGGUAUGCCUGCGGCAGGGAGCAGGGUGCGAGUGGUGACUCUAGUGGAGCAUCCUUUUGUGUUCACGCGGGACGUGGACGAGGACAGCAGCUGUCCAGCGGGACAAUUCUGCUUAGACGCUGGGACAAAUAAUUCAGAGACUUUGGAGCGUUAUUUUCGUGAAGUUGGCCGUGGGAAUGCCAGUGUCCUGCCCAAAGAGGCUGCUAAGUGCUGUUAUGGAUACUGCAUAGACCUACUGGAAAAGCUCUCAGAGGAUCUCGGCUUUGAGUUUGACUUGUAUAUUGUGGGUGAUGGGAAGUAUGGGGCGUGGAAGGGAGGUCGCUGGACAGGCCUGGUGGGAGACCUUCUCAAUGGUUUGACGGACAUGGCAGUCACGUCCUUCAGUAUCAACUCUGCUCGCAGUCAGGUGAUUGACUUCACAUCCCCAUUCUUCUCCACGAGUCUGGGUAUCUUGGUGCGCAGUAAAGAUACAGCAGCACCCAUAGGUGCCUUCAUGUGGCCUCUGCACUGGUCCAUGUGGGUGGGCAUCUUUGUGGCUCUCCACAUCACUGCUUUGUUCCUCACUCUGUAUGAGUGGAAGAGCCCGUUUGGGAUGACACCGCAUGGACGAAACCGCAUGAGGGUGUUUUCUUAUUCUUCUGCACUAAACUUGUGCUAUGCUAUCUUGUUUGGGAGGACGGUCUCUUCAAAAACGCCUAAGUGUUGGACAGGACGCUUCCUCAUGAACUUGUGGGCGAUCUUCUGUCUACUGGUGCUGUCCAGCUACACGGCUAACCUGGCUGCAGUUAUGGUCGGAGAAAAGACCUUUGAAGAGGUCACAGGAAUACACGACGCUAAGCUGCACCAUCCGUCCCGGGGUUUUCGUUUUGGCACGGUGAGAGAGAGCAGCGCCGAAGAUUACAUGAAGAAGAGUUUUCCGGAGAUGCACGAGUACAUGAGGCGUUUCAAUGAGCCCACCACACCUGAAGGGGUCGCCACUCUGAAGACAGAUCCCCCUGAGCUGGAUGCUUUCAUCAUGGACAAAGCCCUCCUGGACUAUGAAGUGUCCAUCGAUGCUGACUGUAAGCUGGCCACUGUGGGGAAGCCGUUUGCCAUAGAAGGAUAUGGUAUAGGCCUCCCUCAGAACUCUCCCCUUACCUCCAACCUGUCAGAGUUCAUCAGCAGAUACAAGUCCGAUGGCUACAUGGACCUGCUUCACGACAAGUGGUACAAGAUGGUUCCCUGCGGCAACCGUGGCUUUGUGGUGACUGAGACUCUUCAGAUGGGCAUCAGUCACUUCUCGGGUCUGUUUGUGCUGCUGUGUGUCGGCGUGGCGGGGGCCUUGCUAACUCUGGCCGGUGAGCAUGGAUUCUUUACAUUCAUCCUGCCGCACAUCCGCAGACGACAGAACCUCAAAUACUGGCUGCACACCUCUCAGAAAAUCCACAGAGCUUUGAAUAUGACCUAUGAGGAUGUGAAGAAGCAGCGUGCAGAACGAGAGAAAAGCUGUAACCUGGACAAGUCCCAAGCCCCUACAGGACCAGCACCACCAACAGCAGGAGCUGCAGCCAAGUGGAACAAUGAGACUCCAAAGGAAGAGGCUACUGCCCCACCCAUGGAUGCCAGAGACUUUAAACGUGUCCACUUCCAUCUCGAGACCCUGAACACUCGCCGCUUGUUGGCUCGUCUUGCCGCCUCUGAUGCCAAAGCAGCGGUGGGCAAAGGUGACGGACCCCCGCGGCCUGAGCCUGAAAAACCCUUGCCUACAUUUGGCAGGGUGUGUGAGAACGGAGGACCAUCUUUGGCCAGCUUGGUCCUAGCAUUACCCAAAACAUGUGCCACCACUUCAUCCACCUGCUCCGCUUCUAUACGUACAAAUGUAUCUACACCCCGGGCCGUCACUCCUGUCUCCACUACUGCCCCUCCAACAACCACAGCUACCACACCCCCCGCUGUCGUGGCCCCGCCCCGGCCUGGCGAACUAGAAGAGCUGCAGGUUCUCAACGUAAGGAACUUCGACCUCAUGGCUCACAGACAAAGACAAAGAUACCUCAAGGUGUGUCAACCAAGCCAUGCAGAUGAAGACAGCAAUGACGACGGCUCUGAAAAGCUUGGCUUUGAUGAGAAUCAGAUGGAAGAUGACAAUUCCAGAACCAACUUGAUAGUGAAUUAUUUGCCCCAGAGCAUGUCCCAGGAGGAGCUGUUCAGCCUCUUCAGCAGUGUGGGCGAGGUGCAGACGGCCAAGCUCAUCCGGGACAAAGUUGCAGGCAACAGUUUAGGUUACGGCUUUGUUAACUUUGUUAACACUAGUGAUGCAGAGAGGGCUAUCAGUACCCUCAAUGGCCUGAGGCUACAGUCUAAAACUAUCAAGGUUUCUUAUGCACGACCAAGUUCUGAUCUGAUCAAAGAUGCAAACCUGUACAUUAGUGGACUGCCCCGGACCAUGAGUCAGCAGGACCUGGAGGACCUGUUCUCACGAUUUGGCCACAUCAUUAACUCCAGAGUAUUGGUGAAUCAAGCAUCUGGUCAUUCUCGUGGGGUUGCCUUUAUUCGUUUUGACAAAAGGUCUGAGGCAGAAGAUGCAAUUGAAAGCCUCAACGGCCAAACUCCACCUGGCACCUCUGAGCCAAUCACAGUCAAGUUUGCUGCUGCCCCAAAUCAAACCAAGACCCAGAUGGGUUCCCAGUCCUACCAGGCACGCCGCUUUGGAGGACCUGUCCAUCACCAAUCCCAGCGCUUCAGGUACUCUCCCAUUAACGUCAGUCAUGGAGGCGGAGGAGGAGGUGGAGGAGGCGGCGGCGGUGGAGCAGAAGGCUCGAAUGGUUGGUGCAUCUUCAUCUACAACUUGACUCAAGAUGCCGACGAGUCCAUGCUGUGGCAGAUGUUUGGUCCGUUUGGAGCCGUAGCCAACGUGAAGGUCAUCCGCGACUUCCAAACAAACAAGUGCAAAGGCUUUGGCUUCGUCACUAUGAGCAACUAUGAAGACGCCGCUAUGGCCAUCCACAACCUGAACGGGUACCGGCUGGGAGACAAGGUCCUACAGGUGUCCUUCAAAACCAGUAAGCAGGGAUACUAG